UGAAGCUGAAAGUAAAAUACUAGUUUAGUCGGAUUUUAAGUCUAAUAUGAAGUGAAAGUAAAAUUAAAAAGAAAAAAGAAGAGGAAAAAAAAAAUAAAAAAAGGCCAAGUUUUCAAUUUGUGGGAAUUUGAUAAAGGAGUCGAAGAAAACAAUCGAGGAAAGGAAAAGAGCGGGUAGAGACAGUGAAGAGCUUUGCUGAAGAGGUUUGGAGAGCAGCAACAUAUGGCGUCUACUUUACAAAAGAUCCAAGGGGACGACUCGGUGCUUUUGCGCGUCACUCAUUCAAACCUCAAGACCUUCUCCGCCGAUGUCCGCUUCUCUCUGCAGACGACAGUGGAGUCUGUGAAAGAGAAGCUGUGGCGUAAAUGCGGGACCUCGGUGAAUUCAAUGAGCCUGGAGCUCUACGACGACACCAAAUCCAAAAUAGCUGAUUUAUCCGAUAAUUCCAGGCCUCUCGGUUUCUAUUCCCCCAUUGAUGGGUAUCGGUUACAUGUGGUAGAUCUGGAUCCUUCGUCGGUAACAUCUGGUGGAUGGCUGGAGGACACUUCACUGGUCGAGAAAUACUCAAUUUCUGAAGAAGCUUAUAAAAAACGCGAUGGCACUUACAGAAAAUUUAAGGAAAAAUUGGCGUCACAAAACCCAUCUGCUCUUGGGGCAAAGAUAUCAGAAAAUUACAUGGAAGACCUCUGUGCAAAUAUCAAGGUAGGAGAUAGAUGUGAAGUUGAACCAGGAGAGAAAAGAGGUGUUGUUAAAUUUGUGGGUAGAGCAGAAUCUCUGGCACCUGGUUUCUGGGUUGGAGUUCAAUAUGAUGAACCGUUGGGAAAACAUGAUGGCAUGGUGAAAGGAACACGUUAUUUUGAAUGCCCCCCACUUCAUGGUGCAAUGGUUAGGCCAGACAAAGUAAAGAUUGGUGACUUCCCUGAAAGAGAUCUGUUUGAGGAGGAUGAAAUCUAAGCAGGUCACAGAAAGGAUUUUUCAUGUUACUCAAACUGCUAUAUGACCUUCUGGCUUUAGUCAUGAACAAGUUCAACAAAUAUCUUUAUUUCCAUUUUGUGGCUGGUUUACAUCUUCAUAACAGAGUGAUGCAUGAGAAAUUGCCGCUUCUCUCUUUUUUUUAACCCUUUUUAAGGGUUGGAGCAAUGUUUUGGAAGAACUAUGGGAUAAAACUUGGGUUUCUCCCUGCCAGCUGUAAUAGGUUGUAUAUGCUUUAUAUUAUCGCUUUGAGAGGGAAAAAAAAAAAAUGUUGAUGUUUGCAAAAUUCCUAUCUUCCAUUACUUGCAAUCUUCCACAUCCUAAUUAUAAAUUCAUGCCAUACGAUAUACUGGCUUCUUCCUCCUUUUCCUUA